GCAGGGAGGGCGGGAAGCGAAGCAGUUUCGGGAAGCCGCGUCCCCCUCCCCUCCCCGCCGCCGCCCCCCGCCCGAGCCCGGACAGCGGCGGGGGCGGCCUCGGGGAGCCGGCCCGGGGGAGGAGCGGAGCGGAGCCACACGGCGCGGCCGCUCCGCCAGCCCGGCCGGCUCUGCGGGGAGGCGGCUGCCCGAGCGGGGCCGCCCCCGCGCCUCUCCCGCCGCCCCGCGCCGCCUGGACCACUGGGAAGAUGGAUGGGCACGUCCUGGGAUGGAUCGUCCUCCUGUGGCUCGCAGCUGAGGUGGAAGGGUUGCAGGUGACUGUGCCUGAGAAGAAGAAGGUGGCCAUGUUGUUUCAGCCUGCUCUGCUUCGCUGCCAUUUCUCUACUUCCUCCACCCAACCAGCUGUGGUACAGUGGAGGUACAAAUCCUACUGCCAGGACCGGAUGGGAGAAGCUCUGGGGAUGGUGACUUCUGGCUUGCAAACAAUGAGCAAGAGGAACCUGGACUGGGAUCCCUACCUGGACUGUGUGGACAGCAGGAGGACAGUGCGUGUUGUGGCCUCCAAGCAGGGAUCUGCCAUCACCAUAGGAGACUUCUACAAGGAAAGAGACGUCAGCAUUGUCCAUGAUGCAGACCUGCAGAUUGGGAAGUUGAUGUGGGGAGACAGUGGCCUCUAUUACUGCCUUAUUAUCACACCAGACGAUGUGGAGGGCAAGAAUGAAGAAUCAGUGGAGCUGCUUGUGCUUGGCAGGACAGGGCUGCUUGCUGAUCUCUUGCCCAGUUUUGCUGUGGAGAUUAUGCCAGAGUGGGUCUUUGUGGGCCUGGUGAUCCUGGGGGCGUUCCUGUUCUUCCUCCUGGUGGGGAUCUGCUGGUGCCAGUGCUGCCCACACAGCUGCUGCUGUUACGUGCGCUGCCCCUGCUGUCCUGAGUCCUGCUGCUGUCCCCGGGCGCUGUAUGUAGCAGGCAAAGCAGCAAAGGCUGGGUACCCUCCUGCAGUCUCUACCAUGCCAGGUCCAUACUACAUCCCCAGUGUUCCUGUGGCUGGUGUCCCGUCUCCUGCCGUGCUGAUGGAUAAGUCACACCCUCCUCCCUUAGCCCCAAGUGAGGCCAGUGCAGGAAGCCAAAAUGCUGUGCGCAAAGGGUACAGGAUCCAGACUGACAAGGACAGGGACUCCAUGAAGGUGCUGUACUAUGUGGAGAAAGAAUUGGCUCAGUUUGACCCGGCUAGGAGGAUGCGAGACCGAUAUAACAACACUGUCUCUGAGCUGAGCUCACUGCACGAGGAUGACCUGAACUUCCGCCAGCCCUACCGGCAGGCGCGGAGGAAACCUCUGCCCGCCGCAGGGGACGUGGACGGCGACGCUGAGUACUGGGCAGGAGUCGUGGGCGGGGGCAGCACCUCCAGAUCGCAGGCUGUGUCUGAUUACAGGGAUGAGCGGGACAGCUACUGGCACAGCCAGCAGAGAUCCAAGUCGGAGAUGCUGUCCCGUAAGAGUUUCUCCGUGGGAGUGCCGGCCGUGUCCAUGGACGAGCUGGCAGCCUUUGCCGAGUCCUACAGCCAGCGGCCACCGCGCCGCGCUGACAGCCAGGAGCUGCGGCGCUUCGAGCGCUCCGAGUCGCACGGCGGGCGCGGCGGGGGGCUGCCCCGCCAGGACAGCUCCAUGGAGGAAUACUACACCAAGCGCUGCAGGGGCAACCGCGAGCCGCCGGCGGACUCGGAUCGGGGCUGGUCCUACAGCCCGCCCCGCAGACGGGCCCACGAGGAGAAGCACCUUCCCAGGCUGGUGAGCCGGACGCCCGGAGGGAGCCAGAAAUACGAUCACUCCUACCUCAGCAGCGUCUUGGAGAGGAAAUCCCGGAGCUACGACGAGGGCGGCGACCACUGCGCAACCCCCUCAAAGCUGAGCUCGCAGCCCAGCCAGAGAGGAGGGAGCACGUACUACGCCUGGUCGCCACCCUCCACCUACAAAGCCGAGAAGUCGCAGCCGCCGCCGCAGUCGUCGUCCCCCGAGCAGGACGAGGAGGAGGAGGACAGCCUGCCCCCCUACAGUGAGAGGGAGCUGAGCCGAGGCCCUUCCUACAGGGCCAGGGAACAAGCCUACCUCAAUGCCUCUGAGAAGAAGAGGAAAAAGGACCCCAAGAAAACAGUGAGGCCAUGUCUGGUGGUCCUGGUCCAAAUAGGCUGAGCGGAGAGUCACCAGGCAGGGGUUACUAACCAGAGUUGGCGGGCAAGGGGGUUUUCCAGGAGGGUAACACCUGGAGACUGGGUGUACUCCCUGGGGGAAAGGGGGAAGGAACUGUGGGGUAGGAAGCCAGAAGGGGUAAUAGCUCCUACACAGGAGUCCAUGAUGGAGGGGAAAGCCAGAUGUGUGGGGAGGUAAGGGAUAUCUUUGGCAUCUGUGGCCUGGGAAUCCAAAGUGGUGGGAGUUUAUCUAGAGUUCAGGAGGAUUGUGGUAGGGAAGUUACCCAGGCCUUACAGAAAUUAUAGUGCUUUGCUUUGGCCUAGAUCCUUGUUAAGGAAGGGUUGAGAGGCUCUUGUUCUUUUGGACUGGGACAGGGCUGGUAGGAGGGGAUGAUGUAAGAGGUCUUUCUGAAAGGAGUGAGAUCACAGACUCCCAUGGGUGCGUGGGCCCAUGGGCUUUGUGGGGGCCAUCUGUGCCAAAGGCAUUCCUCACCCAGGACACCAGCAAGUGCAAAACAUCCUGCCACGGGCCAAGCUAGUGAGGACUGAUGAGUUUGUGUUGUUGGGGAAGGGGAUCUUCCCCAUCUAACCCAGCUGGGGAACUCUGUACCAUGAGGGAGACCUUAUCAUUAGAGUAGCUUGGCUGUGGGAGAGAGGACUGGUUUGUGAGUGGACAAAGAUGUUGCUGUUUAGUUGUGUCUCUUGUCAAAGCUUUGUCUGUCCCUUUGUCUGUUCCAAUGAGAGCUUUCCUGUUGACGUUUAAUCUUCUCUCUCUCCUCUCAGAAUGAUUUCCCAACAAGGAUGUCCCUUGUGGUUUGAAGUUGUUGUGGACCUGUCAUGUUGAUGGGCUGGAUAUCAUGAGGUGACUGCAGUGGAGAAGAUGCAGAGCAACAAGCAAGACAUGCCUCUGUGAACCUUUGCAGCCACCAGCCAUGGACUGUUUCAAUUUUUUGUUUCAUCCGGGGGAGCUGAGGCUUUUGUAAGAGACAGAAUCCCAUGGACAGCACUCGAUCUCAGAGGCUCUGGGAGUUUGCCAGGAAAAUGAGGCUAGGGCUCUCUUUGGCACCCUGUUUUCCAGUGCCCUCCAUUCUGUGCUGGACAGCAGCCACGUCCCUACUGCCCCUGCAGCCCUGAACUACAAGUGAGGCUGCCCUUGUGCCUCUUGCCCUGUCCCAUGAGCAGAGGGAGGCGUGUGCACCUCUUGCUCUCUCUCCUCAGUUCUCUUUGGAUCAAAAUUGCCUCCAUACUUAAAGCCUAUCUGUAUCACCCCUGUGCUGGGAGGAGGCCUUGUUCUUACAACUGCAGACUGCCUCCAGCUGAUCAGGCCCUAAAUCACGAAAGAAAGUCCACAUCCUUUCAGACACUGUAAGAAAAUGACUGAUGAGAUGUUACCUUGAUAAGGGCUGAAUGGGGAAAAAGACAAUUAUGAGCUGGUUUGUUUAAUAUAUUUAGUUCUGUUCAUUGUGUGAUGAGAGUUGCAGGUGAGAUUGAUGUAUUGUUUUGAAAGUGGGUCAAAGUAGCUUUUAUUGUGAUUGAGAGCAUGAUUUGUUUCCCCCCUGCCCCAAACUGUGUUUUGUUUUGAUGCUGUUGCGUUUCCUUGCAGCUCAAUUGACCCUGUAGAGUUUCAGGCUGGAGUACCUACUCCACUGUUUAAAAAGCAGUGCUCUAGCCUUCCUAGUGCUCUGCUUCCAGCACCACCAGACACCUCUGCCACUCCAGUGAGUGGCCUCUUUGUUUCAAGGAAGCAAAAAGGGGACAGUCUCUGAGAGGGCAGCUGCACACCUUCAUCCUGUGCCACUGCUAUCACUCCUUUCUGGGAAUAGUUUCCCAGAAGAAGCUACUACUGAAGAGAGCAGUAACAGCUGUGGGAAAAGAAUAAGCACUGUGGAUGGAUACAAGAUUUGCAAGUCACCCUUUUCACUUUAAACCAUUCCAUUCACGUUGGUUGGGAUGUGGUUUUAGUGGUUGUUGUCUCAGGAAUAGCUUUAUUUAGAAGUGAGUGCUUCACACCAUUUGGAAGCCUGACAUUCUGGUUUUCAUAGGGCAUUAUGCAGUCAUUUAUUUAGCUGCUAAAAUCAUCAUGUGAGAGAAGAUGAUGGGAACAUUUUAAGGUCCAGUACCUUGAUCCCUUUUACACCUCGAAACAACUUAGUGCCCUGUUGUGUUACAGACAUUAUCAGCCUCUGAAAUGGCAUCUUUGUUGUUCCUCUGGGAAUUUGGGAAUCUGUCUGGCCUCAGAUGCUCAUACUGCAGUACUGUUUGGAACACAGGGUUUAUUAAUGUCACUGCUGUUCUCCAUAAAAAAUGAAUAGAUUAAUUUCCGUAUUACUCAUUUGCCAGAUACUUCACCCACCAGGAAUGGUCAGGGGAGAGGAAAAAUAAUCUCCACAGAUUUGAUGACAGUUUUCCUGUGAGAAGGUGAAAAGGAUUGAUGUGAUUGAUGAAAGGAUGACGUUCUUCUCCCACACUCCUCUAGUGAUGACUGUAGUUUUGGAAAUCCCAUUCCUGGGUCUUCCUGGCCAGAGAUGGAUUAGCCAGCAGGAACAUAUGAUUGUGGAAUUGCAGAUUUGUUUGUGCAGGAGGUAGCCUUUAAAAAUUUAAAAAUUUAAAGUUUCAACCCUCUGCCAUGGGAAGGGAUGUCUUCCACAUAUGAGUUUGCUCAAAGCCCUGUCCAACUGGGCCUUGGACACUUUCAGGGAUGGGACAUCUGCAGCUUCUCUGGGCAACCUGUUCCAGUGUCUCAUCACCCUCACAGGAAAGAAUUUCUUCCUUGUAUCUAAUCUAAAAUUGCCCUCUUUUACUUGAAAAAUCAAUGCCCUGGUAGAAAGCCCAUCUCCACCUUUCUUGUCGGUCCCUUUAGGCACUGGAAGACUCUAAGGUCUCCACAGAACUUUCUAUUCUCCAGCUUAACAGCCUGAAUUCUCUCAGCCUGUCUUUAUAGAAGAGGUGUUCCAGCCCCCUGACCAUUUUUGUUUCCCUCCCCUGGACGUGCUCUAUCAGGUCUCUGUGUGGGUGUCCCCAGAUUUGAACACAGUACUCUGUGUGGGCUCUCAAGAUAAUGGAGGAGAAGGAAAUUCCACUCCUCGGCCUGCUGGUCACUCACCUGAUGCAGCCCAGGAUAUGGCUGGCUUUUUGGGCUGUGAGAGCACGUGGCUGGCUCAUGUGUAAUUCUAAUUCACCACUAUAAAACCUAGAAUUGUAGAAUGGUUUGGAAGAGACCUUAAAAGACCAUCUAGUUCCCCAAGUCCUUCUCAGGGCUCCCAGUCCAUUCUUCCCCCAGUGUGUAUCAACACCAGGGGUUGCCCUGACUCAGGUGUAGCACCCCACACUUGGCUGUGUUCAGCAGGUGGCUGCCUCUGAGGUCUCUGAGGCCUUGAAAAGUCUACAGAGCUACACUACACGCUGUUCUAAAUCAAACAUUUCAUUGCUUGACAUGAGGAUGCUAGCAAGCUGAUGUUUUCUUAGUCUGAAAACUUUGGCAACCCCUGUGCUAUGAAUUUCAAGGGAGCUUAGCCUGCUAUCGUUUCCAUCAGACCCAGGAAACAGUUGACAUAGAAAUUUGAAAGUGCAUCUGACAAUGCCAGAAAGGGGCCAAAUCAGUGCUUUUACAGUCUCUGAAUACCUCUAUCUUUUAAAUCAUACUGAAAGCCUGAGCAUUGCAAUCUUCUCAUUUCAGUUAUGUUCCAUCCCUUAUCUCAGUCACCGUAGUUUAUUUGAUCAAGCCCUCAGGAAUGAGUUGUGUGUAUUUAAAAUACAAGUCUUCAUUUAUCUGAGUCAGUUUUGUUUGUUCAGUGCUGGUACUUUAGGGCAUCUGUACACUGUAUGUAAGAAGUUGCCAUUUGUGUAUCUAGCUUAUAAAUAAGUAGUUGCAAGCUAAUUCUUUUAAGAAGACACUUUUAAUUGUACAAACAACUGUUUGUGAGAAUUUGGAAACAUCUCUUGGAUCCAAGUACCUGGAAAAGUAUUCAAGAUUUUAUGUCUAGUGAUUGUGUGAGUUUUACCAGAUGAUAAAAGUUUCAGUUGCAGAAAAGAAGGUCUUAAUUCCCAGAAGUCAAAUCUGAGCAGCAGCAACCUUGCUCUAAAAUUUUGGAUUUUGUAUCUCUCUGUACAAAUCUGCAGGAAUUUUCAGUUACUGAUCAUGUCUGUCCUCAGGCCACCUUUAUUUUUCCCAUUAGAAAUGUGUCUGCAGCAGCAACAAAUGGACCAAAUCAAGAAGUGAGGGGUGACUGGAGUGUCUGCACAGCCACACAACCCUAAUGACCUGUGACUCCUGCAGCAGUGGAGCAGGGGGCCAGAGACUGACAGACAGCUCGAGAGGAGCCUCAUGUUUCAGGAGAGGAGUAAUGAUUUGUGUCUGUGCCAUCUUUCACAACACCUGCAGAAAGCUGGCGCUGGGAAAUAAUGAGCCUGGUUAUUAUGUGGUCUCAAAUUAUAAGUUUUCCAGUGAUGAAAUUUUAUUGCUGGGCAUAAAAUUAAAAUCCUUUUCUUACUGGAUGUGGAUGUCUGGGUCAUGUCAAGGACAUGGAGAGUUUUGUGGUCUUAAAAUCAUAACAUCACAACAGUGACUUGCUGAGAAAACAGAUGAUGAGAGAAUCCUGUUAAAAUUUAAAAGAGCCCCUAGACCAAAAGCAGAAUCAAGCUUUAGCAUUAGAUUUGGCUGUGCUGUCAAUAAAAGUGAUCUUGGCUACUGAAAAAAGAAGGGUUUGACAUAAUGGAAUGGGAAAAUAAGUACCAAUGGUAAUGACUUCUCAUCAAUCCCAUUAUUCCUUUAAAGUACAUUGUAAAAGUUCCAAUGAGUGGCUUCAGUGAACAUCCUCAGAACACUCCAUUUCCACUGAAAUGGAAAAUUAACAAAAUUAGCAUUCUGAAUACUUUAAAUUUUUGAGAAACUCUGAACAUUUAUAAGCUGAAACAGGCAGCCAGAGCUACUUAGGUCUUUGUGCUGGCAUAUGGUACAGGGGACUGGGGCUGUACCAUCCCCACCUUUGUUACUGGAGUUGGGUCAGGGGUGGCCAUCAGCAGUGCACCCCAGAGCUGCAACUCUGAGAGAUAAAGGACAGCUGCUGGGAGAGAUCCCUGACAAGGAGCAAUCACAAAAUAUUUCAGAAUUCAAACCUUGUCACAAACUGUUCCAGGUACAUAAACACAGCACCACGGUGUUUAUCAUGCCUGGACUAUUCUGAAAAUAAUUUUAAUGAUGUGGAGAUUGUUGAGAAACUGCACGGAGCUGUCUUUUUCUCUAGGUAGCUUUGACACCAGAUGUGUGUGAGGAUCCUUCCUUGGUCACCAUGUACAGGGUUUGGAACAUGUGGAAAUAAAAGCUAAAGGGGCUUUAGCCCAUUUUUUACUGCUGCAGAUUUGCCCCUAUAAUUCCAGAAACCUCUGUGGUGUAGCAUCUCCAUCAGGCUCUACUGGCUGUAUGUGCUUUCUACAGCAGCUGUGAUGUUGAAACCACCCUCAUCGUCACCUGAGGCUUUCUCAUUUCCUGGAAGAUCAGAAAAGGUAUCUAUUGCAUAAUUUGGAGGAACAGCUACCAUUUUGAUUUGAUCUCAAAAAUGCCAGCUGGAUUAUCCAGCAUUAGAAACAGCAAAAAUCUAAAGAAUAAAGUUAGCUAAUACUAAAGGAAGGAACCUGCCAUGAUUCCUAUAUGAAUUCUCUCAUGACCUUUAUAAUUCUUUCUGACAUUCACCUCUGCCUGCACAGGGGCCUUUGCCAGGGGAGGCCAUCACCUCUCCCUUUUGCCUGUCAUUUUUUGUCAUGCUUGUAAUGCCUCUCUGACCUCUCUGCUUUCCCUUGGCUAUUUCCAGUCAGCCUUCAUUGUGGUGCCUAGGGGUUCCAGCCAGUUUGGAUGUAGAAUGAGUGGCACUUUGUAAAAAGGCCCUUUUACCUCCUAUAAAAACAGAAAUUACAGAAUGCCCACAACAAAACCCCAAGCCUUCCAGAUAUCCUCUCAAGCCCAAGCAGAGGUGUUACUGGAAUAAUUUUAAAAAUUAAAUCUGAACUUAAUUUCAAAAUUUCAUAAAUUCAAAUGUCAUAAUUUCUGUCUUGUUUUCAACCCCAGGGCAGCUGCAGUCAGAGCUGUGGAGUACAAACAGCAGGAGUAAAUGCAUUCAGGUUUUGCUGUGCUCGGUGAGAACAGUGCAGAGAGGAGCAGCAUUUAAUGAGUCAGAAAGCAAAUGGACUUGCAAGGUGCUAUUACUUACAUGUGGCUUAGAAGUGUGAACUAGAAGUCGACAGGUUUGGCUUAAAAGCAAAAUUCAGUCCAGGAAAACUUAAGCGCUGGCCCAGGGGUACAAUCCUCUUGCUGUUUACAGAUGGGCUGGGCUUUUUUUCCUUCCUCUAUUGCUGCCUACCACAGCCAUUUCCCAGCCAUUACACAGUGAGUGAGUGGCUUUCUUUGCUGCUGUUAUUUUGCUGUUAGAUUGUCCUCCCCUGUAAUGAACUUUUUCAAUAUGAAGGGGAGAAGGACGUAACAAUACUCUAUAAUGAAAAUGUAACACUUUUAUAGCUUUUUGGGAGACAUCCACAUCCCCAAUUACCAACGAUUAUACAUUUGCCAUGCAUACAGUAUGGAAGUCAUUGCCUUUGAGUUGUCACCAUGGAGAAUAAAAGCAGGAAAAGCUCCCACCAAUCUGGUUUUUUAUUAUCCUGCAGGCAAAUAAUUUGCCCAAUCUUUGCUAAGAUACGAGGAGUUUACAUGAGUAGUUUUCAACCCAUUUUUUUGAUUAAUGGGCAGUAAACCAAAUAUUUUCCAGUGGAGCAGCUGACCCUUCAUAAAUCUACCAUUCACAGGAUAACAGACAAAAACAUUCUGCCCAGCAUUUUCAUACAAAAAAUCCAUGGAGGUACCCUAUGGAGGCACACUCUUUCAGAGAAAAGAUAAACUCUCCCCUGCUCUUGGAGAUGUUAAACCUUAUUUUUUUUUAUUCAGAAAUUUUUUAUCUUUUUAGUACAGACAUGUUCUUUUCUUUUGGCCUCUUUUUCCCUAGGUCUGCAGUACUCUGGACUGAUGAUUUCUGUGUCAUAAACAAACUUCAUUUGAAUCCUCUCUCAGUGUUCUAAAUAAUGGAUUAAGACUUAACACUGUUUGUAGGUGUAACCUGAACAGCAUUUACAUGUUUAGAUUGUGUCUGAUAGGUGUUAUCAGCAGUCAGGUGCAGGAGAAGCAGCUUCCAGCUCUGCUCUGUAUUUCCCUGUGCAAGACACAGCAUCCCUUGGCUCUGAGAAUUGUCACUCAUCCUCUAUUUUACAACCUGUAAAAGUGCUCAGUGUUUCUUUGGGCUUCUUUAUCACUCCUCCCUCACUUAUCCUCCCCUGCAGAAGUCUCCUAGACAGCAUGGAGCAGGAAAGGUGCCCAUCCACACCUCAAAGUCUCAUGAGGGUGAAGAAGACCUGACAACAGAAACACUGAGCGCUCAGCCAGCUCAGAGCUCUGCAGGAAGUCACCUCUGGGUGGGAAAGGGUUUGUGCCAGCCAAGGCAGAGGUGCCCUGCCCUGGUUACAACUUGCACUCUUCCAUGCCCAGUCACACUUAUCCAUGAGCACCUGCCUGUAGGUACAGGUUUGUGAUUCCUGAAUUAGAGAAAGGAGUCUGAAAAAAUUGCCUCAAAGGACACAGGACCACUUAUUACAGCAGUGUAAUGUUUUAAUUUAGUCCUUGCUGUGUGACAGAAAUCCUUUCUGCUUACAGGUCAAGCUGGUUUCCAUCAGCCUCUCCAGAGCAGGUGGGAGUGAUUUUCAUGUCCCAGUUGUCAGAUCUUCUCUUUCAGCAACCAAUCUCUCAGUGCACUUGUCUCUGAAUAGGUACUCCAGGCUAGUGAGAGGCAGAGCUCCAACUGGUUGCAUUUUACACUCAGGAGCCUGCUAAAUCAUUAAUUAAUUUAGUCUCUCAAAGUUCUGUGCUUCCUGGCAAAACCAGAAUGUGUGUUUCUGCAGGCCUCAGGCCUGCUCACCUUGGAAUUACAAGUUUUGGUGAGGACUUUAAACAUCCAGUAGGGUGGAGAUCAGGUAAAGCAGCAGCACAAAAAGCUAAAAGCUUUACCUUGUGUAAAGUGUGUAAAAGAUGUGCAAAGUGUGUAAAGAGUGUAAAGAUACACUGCCCACUGCCGUGUCCUUCCUAGGGACCAGUAUGUCUAUUUGUCAUUACUAAAUGUAUGUGCAGUGACAGGAAAGACACCCAUGGUCCUUGCAAAUGGGCCUCUGACAGGAGGAUGUAGGGGGAAGUAUGGGUUACAGCCAAGUCAGCCAAGUGAGAAUGCUCAGAGGCCUCUGGCACCUGGGACUGUGCCCUGUUGGGAAGGACAUAGCCCAGCAGGAUUUAGUGCUGCUGGCUCUGGGCUGCCCUCGUGGAACAGCCCUGCUGCUCACAGCACCCCUGACAAAGGCUUUGCAACCCCUCUCUCAUCUUCACGUCACUGAUUCUACAGGGAGGGUGAGGGCACUAAAAUGAAGGCUAUCUUAGCUAUGUAAACUCCUCCUGGAUUUCUCUUUCAGGUUUUUGGCAAUCUUAGACUUUGAAGAGUAGGCCUAUGCAGUUAAAGUUCGAGCAAUACCUGUCUAAAAUGCAGGUCCUGCAAAUCUUCAUGCAUGAACUGGGCCACCAGUUACUGAGUGCAUACAGAAAGGGAGUGUGAACCUGCUACUUGGAACACUUCUCUUAUGACCUGGAGUCCCAGCUUCUUGAGCUGAAGCUUUCAGCACAGUCAAGGAUUUCUAAGAAAGCAGAACUCAAAUUUGUAAACCCACAGUGCACACAACAUCCCCGUGCAGCCAAUUUACAGAGGAAGCAAUGUGCAGCUCUGGCAGCCAGAACCAACUGAUGCAACUUGGAACUGCAUCUUUGUGGAGCUGAGCUGCCAAGGCUUGGAGAGCACUUGGUCCCAUGCACUAAAAGGCCUUCACCUCAUGGAUAGAGUGGCAGAGCCUAAGGUAUGUUUUAAUUAGUACUGGGGAAGGGAAAUUAUGAAAUGUGUUUAGGGUUUGUGAUUUUUUUUUUCUUUUUUUCCUCUUUAAAUAGAAAUACAUAUUUAUAUAUAUAAUUUUUUGUCUUUGCUCCUCAGAAGAGAAAUCUGAGGCUGCCUUCUGUUCAGGCUAAUGUGGUGCUUGAAUGAACAAUUUCAUUCCCCAGUUUCAGUAAAAUGCAGCCUAGGCUGGUUCUUGUGAAUAGCUGUAAAAGGAAAGUUACUGUAGCAGAGCUCUGUAAUCAAGAGGUCUCCAUGGACAGCCUGUCAUCCUGAUGAGAGACACUUUAAUUAAGAAAAGAUGAUGCAUUGUAGAUGAAACAAUUCCUACGUGUCCCAGCUUCCCUCAUCAUAUCAAUGAGCCUGAAGCUACAGAGCUCCCAACAACAAGGGACUUUAGUGGAUUUCAAGAGAAUUAUAAGUCUAGAAGUUCAACACUCAAGCAUGUGCAGCAUGCAGAGAACACAUUUCAAAAUGUGUUUGAAGAGCAGAAGCCUAGUUUUGUACUACUUCAAAGAUCUUUGAAAGGCAGAGUGUGGAUAACAUCCCAAGUAUUGCUGGGAAGAUCUGAGAUCCACACAAUUCUGUGAAAAGCUCAACCUUACUUGCAAGAAAAUCAAUUAAAAGCUGCCCUUGCAGCUAAGCUUAAUUGAUUUCCUGUUUGAGCAUCUCAGUUACACUUGAUUUCAUGAUUAAGCUUGUUCAGAUUAAUGGGAAAACAGAAAAAAAUCAUGGUCAAAAUACCAGACAAACUGUUUAGGUGAGCGAGGGAGAACACUGGUGUUUGUGAAGCAGCCAAUAGGGAGAGUCUGGAAAAGGAAAACAGCUGCCUGCAGAUUAACACUAAAUUCAAGCAAAGUGAAGGGUAACACACUGGUGUGCUUCAGCAACCCAAGUGGCAACACAAAAAAUGCUGCAUGAGCAUCGAUCAUCUUACUCAGCUGACUGGGACUCUCAUGUUGUCUACACCCAUGUGUAACACAGCCCCAGGGAGUGAACCUGGGUGCUGCCCCUGCCCAUCUGCUCUGCAGAAGGUAUUAGUGUACUAUAUUCUAUAUAUAUCAUGUACUCUGGAAUAAGAUUGUUUGCCACAGCCCACAUUCAGUCACUCCCACUGCCAGAUGAAUAAGGCUGUCCAUGCAGGCACUUGCUGCAAGAUCUGCAAGUCUAGAAGACGAGGGCACAAGGUGCACCAAAUCAAUAUGUGGUCCAGGCUACAACAAGUUAGGUGUCAAUCUGGCAUUUUUAGAACAUGACAGCCAGCUCUCUGAGAAGUCAUGCAGUCAGGCAAGUCCUCACAGCAGUUUUGUUUGCCAUUUCCAGAAAGGGGCUGAUCCCAAAAUGGCCUGCUCCCUGUUCUUCCUGUAUCUCAAUGAAUGUCUAAGAGAGAAUAUGCAAAGUGUGGGACAGAAAAUGUCCUCAGAUGUUCAUAGUUCUCCCACUCUGCCUGGCUCCCUUCAGCUAAGGGAACCUGAAUUAACCAUGCAAUGAUGCUGAAUUGGAUGGUGUGGGCUCUGAACCAUGGGGUUUGUAGUGACUGAACAGAGACAUCACAAAGUGCCCUGGCUUGCCAUGGCAGGAGUGGAGAGUGAGGGCACAGGGGCUGAUCAGCAGCAGUGUCUGUGUGAGGACUUACUGGUGCAGAUAAUGCCCAUCAGCAGGUUCUCCAUGUGCCUAGUUUGAAAAACGAACAGAAACAGUGUUAGAGCAGAACAACUCACCUGAGCUUGGCUUCUGUGCCUCUGGCACCUUUUACUCUGCAAAUGUCACCACCCUGGCCUUGCUUUGUCCAUUCCACAAAUGUACACAGUUGGCUGCGACUCCAACUCUGAGGCAAGAGACAUCUUUUCAGCCACUUUACAGGGGCAGAAUUACCAUUCAGAAUAAAUAAAUGUUUUGGUGGCAGCAUGUGCAGCAAGGACACCACCAAAAUGAAUUGUAGUUUCCAUCCUCUGGUGGCAGUGGACUUUCUGAUGGGGCUGGGAAUGCAGAAAUAACAAAGGCAGUGUGUCAGGCUCUUUCAGGUCUAGCCCUUCUUAGAAACAUAAAAAAAAAAAAAAAAAAAAAAAAAAAAAAAAAAAAAAAAAAGAGGAAGAAAA